AUGGCUGGCCAUUGGAUAUUUGUGUUCUUCUUGUUAGUUUCUACAGCUAAAGUCCAAUCCAGUGUAUUCGAUGUGACAAGUGCAGCAUACGGAGGAAAGCCAAACUCUGACAUUACCCAGGCCUUGGCCAAUGCUUGGAGAGAUGCUUGUGCAUCGACAUGGCCAGCUAAAGUUGUUAUUCCACAGGGAACAUACUAUACGAGAGGAGCAAUUUUGCAAGGUCCUUGCAAGGCUCCUAUUGAUGUUCAAGUCCAAGGCAACUUCAAGGCUCCAUUGGACAGCAAAUAUCUCACAAAGCAGGAUAGUUGGGUUGGUUUUCAAUACGUUGACAGGCUCACCUUAUAUGGCGGUGGAACUUUUGACGGCCAAAACAAUUGCUACAAAAACAAAUACUGCAAAACUACUCAAGCUGUUAACCUGAGGCUCGAUUUUGUCACCAAUUCCAUGAUCCGGGACAUAACUUCACUUGACAGCAAAAACUUCCACAUCAAUGUUUUGGGAUGUCGCAAUGUCACAUUCCAAUAUGUCACCAUCACAGCGCCUGAAGACAGCAUCAACACGGAUGGAAUUCAUAUUGGGCGCUCAUUCGGGAUCACCAUCGAUCACACAACCAUCGGCACAGGGGAUGAUUGCAUUUCUCUAGGUGACGGAAGCCAGCGAAUCAUCAUGACUAACGUUACUUGUGGACCGGGCCACGGCAUAAGCAUCGGAAGUCUAGGAAAAUACCAAAGCGAAGACCCCGUGGCCGGAGUACUAGUCAAGAACUGCACCCUGACUAACACACAAAAUGGUCUGAGAAUCAAAACAUGGCCUGGCUCCCCUGCAUUUGGCAUUGCCACACAUAUUCACUUUCAAGAUAUUGCCAUGGUCAAUGUUGGAAACCCUAUCUUCAUUGACCAACAGUAUUGCCCAUAUAGCCAGUGUGCACAGAUAGCUCCAUCUACAGUCCAGAUCAGUAGCGUCACCUUCGCCAACAUUAAGGGCACUUCUGCCACACCAAUUGCUGUACAGCUUAUGUGCAGUAGAAAAUUACCAUGCCAGAAUGUAGGGUUGGAAGAUAUUGAUAUCACUUACAGUGGAGACAAAGGGUCUCUUACCUCUCAAUGUGCUUAUGUGAAGCCCCAGUUUACUCGAGUGGCAAAUCCUCUUGCUUGUGCUACCAAUCCUUUUAAGUCUUAGAAGUAGAACAAGUCAUCUUCUCUCUAGAUAGAUUGAUUUUGUUUCUUUUUGUUUCUUUUUUUUUUGGGAAUUGUAUAGUUCAAAAAGUUUGGCUCUUAUUAUUAGGUUUGCCAUUUUAGGUGUAUAAAUUGUUGUUCAAAUUUAAAAUUUUAUUUUUAUGCAUAUUUUUUUUGUUCAAGUUCAGAUUGAGGCUGAUUUAUUUUAUGUAUGUAUGUGAUAAAAAUGCAUGCCCUACUAAGAACUGUUUGACGAUUCAUUCACCAUCACCGCUCAUCUCUCCAAUCUAUAAAAUUGGUUCUUCUGCUUUUUUCUUUUUGGUCUAAAAAGUUAUCUCCACUUCAAUUUAAGUCUGAUUUCUUUGAUUAGCUUCUCCAAAUUUAUUGUUUUGCUUGAUAAGAA